AUGGAGAGUAACGUGGACUCCCUUGCUCGUUCGGUGACUGCAAACUUGGAACUUUGCUUGCUGUUCAAAACGAUUGGGCUGAGACAACAGAGGGUUAAAGAAACACGUGAGUUAGCCGCGAGGAUUUGCACCCUAGAGAAGCGUGGAAAGGUGUACAUCUUGACCUUGGUGGGUGACAACGAGGAGGACGAGCACAGGCUCAAUCCCACAAGUUUCGAUGCCAUCGCCAACGCCCUAAAAGAGGUGGAACAAUCACCAGACGCAGCAGCCCUGGUAACCACCAACGCAGGCAAAUACUUCUCCUGCGGCAUCGACAUGAACUGGAUCGGCGAGAGCCCCCACGACCGUAUGGACGUAGUCUUAGAGAAGUUAGAGAACAUGCUCGCAUCCUUCAUGAGGCUCAACGUCCCCACCGUCGCAGCCAUCCGCGGCCGCGCCGUGUCGGGCGCUUACAUGCUGGCUCUGGCCCACGAUUACCGCUUCAUGACGCAGGGCUCGGGCGAGCUCUACAUGUGCGAGCUCGAUCUUGGCUUGCCCAUCCCAAAGAGUAUGCUGACGUUGAUUCGCAGCAAACUGCAGCCCGCAACCCUGCGCGAUGUGGUGCUGCGCGCCAGCGAGCUGGACGCACAGAUGGCCUUUGAGAAAGGGAUUGUGGACGGCGUUUUUGAGGACAAGGCGGGGACUUUGGAGGGAGCGGUUAAGGAGGCAGAGAAACUAGCGGCCAGGGGAUGGGAGAGGGAGAUCUACCGUGGCUUCAGAUUGGCUACCUUUCCUGGGGUUGCUGAGGCGCUCGAUAUUAAUGUUCCCUAUCGCGUACCGGCUUCUUUCAAGUUCUGA